UCAAAUGAGAGAAGAAGAAAAAACAACAAUGGAGUGCAGUCUGUGUGGGGAUGUGGGCUUCCAGAUUUAUCUAUUCCAAUGCACAAAAUGCUUAACUCGUUUCCAGCAUCAAUAUUGCAGCCGCGCAUAUUAUGAGAAUCUAUCAGUUGAGAGUAUCAGAGAAGUGUGCGACUGGUGUUUCAGUAUUCAAGAGGAGGAUGAAGUUUCUGAUGAGAAGCUUAUCACUAGGGAUUCUGAUAAAAGAAAAAGAAGUUCUGCUGGGUUUGGAGAGCGUACAAACAUGACGCAUAAAAGAAAGGGCAACAAAAAUUUGAGAAAACCUUGUGUUGAAAUUGAUGGACAGAUAUCCAAAUUUCUGAAAGAAAAGGAAAGGCCUGAAUCAACAGACAGUACGAAAAGGAAAAAUAGGAAGAGAUAUAAGCUCCUUGAUGAAAUUCUGUCUUGAUUGGAAUAGAUCUCAAU